UACGUAAGACAAUUUAUCUUUUAUUCCAGAAGGAGUCAAUUUCACACUAAGGACAUUAUAAUGAUUCUGUUUUUCCUUCUCAUUGUUUGCUACCUCAGUCUUGAGACAUUUGCUCAGAAUCCCUGCCCGGACCAGUGGUACUGGCAUGGAGGCUCUUGUUAUGCGUUUGUCAGGGACAUCAAAGCAAAUAUGAUGCAGGCCGGGGCAUUUUGUCGAAAUGUUGAUUCGAUACUGGCAGAAAUCAAUAACGCCGAUGAAGAUCAUUUCCUUCGAACCCAUUUGAUACAGAAUCACAUAUCAGAGCACUUUUGGGUAGGGGGAACAGACGCCUUUGCCGAGGGACAGUGGGUGUGGAUAUCAAAUCAAACACCCUUCACCUAUAAAGGAUGGGCCCCGGGGGAACCUAACAACGGAGUGGGCGGAGCUUGCAUGACAUUAGCAUAUCACGAGGGUUACCAUUGGAAUGAUGAUCACUGCAAAAACGAAUACGACUUCAUCUGUGAGAAAGAAAUCGGACAUCCUGAUGUACAAGUCAUUGGAUAAAUAUAUUCUAAAAAUACACAACUGCAUCUUAUUGUCUGUUUAAGUAGUUGUAUGAAAAGUAUU